AUGGCUCCCCUUGUCUGGCUCGUCACUGGCACCACAUCUGGUAUCGGCGCUGCGUUGGUAAAUGAAAUCGUUGCCCGCGGCGACAAAGUCAUUGCCUCCGGUCGCAAAGCAGACCAGAAGCUCGGUCACCUCAAGUCGGACAAUGUAGCCGUGUUGGAACUAGACAUAACGGCCCCAUGGACCGUGGUUCAGGCUACUAUUAACAAGGCAUGGUCCAUCUUUGGACAUAUUGACAUUCUGUUGAAUAAUGCUGGUGCUUCUGCCUUGAAAGAUGGAUAUGUCCAGACCCUCUUCCAAGUCAAUGUCUUUGGACACAUGAACGUCACUCGGGCUAUACUCCCGCACUUCCGUGCCCAGGGCCAUGGUCGCAUUGGCUUCACUUCAUCCGCCAGCUCGUGGGGUCCUCUACCCUUUAUGUCCCACUAUGCAGCAUCCAAGGCCGCUCUUAGCACUUACAUCGAGAGCCUUCACAAGGAGGUCCGACCUUUUGGCAUUUCUUGUGUCGGGUUCAUGUGCGGUAACUUUCCCACCAACCUUGGCCACCCAAGGGAAGACGCCGGACAAGAAUUCGCACUCCAAGGGCCUGCCAUUCCAGAAUACAACAAGCUCAUGGGGGAACUUGGACUCAUGUUCGCGAAGGCAUUCGCCCAGAGGACGGGCGAGCUGGACAAGGUCGCCAAGGUUAUGGUGGAUGUCAUGAAGGGUGAGGGGAUUGCUGCUGGAAAGCCAUGGGCGGUCAGUAUUGCCAUUGGGUCUGAUGCGUUCGAUUGCGGAAAGCAGAAGUGUGAGGAGCAACUCAAGCUGCUGAAUGGGUGGAAAGAUGUCAGCUAUGCUACUGAUCGAGGCGACCAUGAUCAUAUCACACCUAAGGAGUAUAUGGAGUUUGCUUCCAUGCUGUAG